AUUCAGAUGAAUAUUGUAUAAUGUAGUGUAAUCAGAUACAAUUGACAUCAUUUAAAAUAUAGAAUUUUGAAGGGCACUUGCUUUGUAUAUAACAUUUAUAGUCUACUAGCACCCAAUUCCUUAAACCAUGGGAUGUUAUGAUGCUUGUUCUUUCAUAAACUGUGUAGUGAUGUCAUUUUUAUGUCUUUAGAAAUUAGGUGAAUAUCUCAUGUUGGAUAAUUACAUUUAAACCAUUGACCUGUAUUUUACAAGCUGGCAGAAUUGUAUUAAUUUGUACAAUGUGAAACAUACAAAAUAUGAGGAAAAAGCUAUAUUGAGUCCCCACACCAGUACAAACCGUUACUGAUGUGAAAGCAGAAUGGAAAAAUGACAAAUUUGCCACCUUGUAAAAUAGUUACACUUUCCCAUAAGAUUGUGUUGGAAGUGUAUUUCUGGCUGAUAGCUUGCAUAACAGUAUUUUGUCAAUAAGAUUAUACGGGUAAAUAAUAACCCAUUGAAAAUGCCCAUAUUACUUUAUCUUACGUAGAACACAAAAGGUGCAGUUUUUUUAACAGUAGCCUUGCCACUCUUGUACAUAUAAUGAAAGUAAAUGAUGGUUGAUGCCAAGCCUGCAGAAUCCUACUGCUGCUCUUUGUGUAGAACAGUCCUAAAUCUAAGCUGCUGUUCAAAUAAAAACUUGGCACUUGCUCUAGCUUUCGUUGGCAUACAAAUCAACAAUUAGUUUGAGUCGGAUCCAGUUCUCAUUCACUUUCAUUAUAAUGGAAACGAGUGGGAUUUAUCAAAAUCACCUUUUUUGUUCUGUGAAAAAUACAGGUUGCAUUUUAUUUUUGCUUAAAAAAUCUUUGAAUACAGCUGAGAAGUGUGCGUGUUUGAAUGUAAUGUUAAGGUAAUAUUUCAUCUAUUUUUUAUUCAACAAAUGUAGUGCAUAUUCAUAAGCUGAAUUUAAUUAGGCAGGUAGCAUAUGUCUUGUGACUCUCACGGGGCACAAAUCCCAGUUUUAAGAGAAUAAAAACUGCUCCUCAGACAAAAAUUGUGUAUUUAUGUGUAAAAAAGCAAACAAGCAUUUUUACCCUCUAAGUUUAAAGAGACAGUUUUUGUUGGGUAAUGUACCUCCAUGGCUGUACUUGCGUGUCUUCUUUGCCGUAGGCUUGCCAAAGGAGCACUCUUGUUUCCAGGUGAUCCCAGCAUGCCACUCACGAUGUCCUGUAAUAAAGGGGAUUCCAGACAGUCAGACAUUGAAAAUCACUUUCAAGUCAAAUUUUUCCAUAAGCACUUGGGUUGGAUUUCUUGUUUUCAAGUGGAUUGUCUAUUGGACAAACAGGGCCACUGAGGGUGCUGAUGCUAUGGUGUUGGAGAGUGUGAUGUUUGCUAUCCUGGCCGAGCGUGAGCUGGGUCCCAAGCUGUAUGGCAUCUUCCCCCAGGGGAGACUGGAACAGUUUGUCCCAAGCCGAAAACUGUCUACGGAUGAGCUAAGUGUCCCUGUCAUAUCUGCUGAGAUUGCAGAGAAGAUUGCCAAAUUUCAUGGGAUGAGAAUGCCUUUCAACAAGGAGCCAAAGUGGCUGUUUGGCACCAUGGAAAAGUAUAUGGAUCAGGUACUUUGCCUCAACUUUACUAGAGAGUCCCAUCUGCUCAGUUUUUCCCACCUUUUGAGCUAUAACUUGCCCAAGGAGAUGGACAACCUCAAGUGUCUACUUAAAUCCACUUCUUCACCUGUUGUUUUCUGCCACAAUGACCUGCAAGAAGGAAACAUCUUGCUCCUCAGUGGUCGUGAAAAUGAGGAUCAACAAAGGCUCAUGUUGAUUGACUUUGAAUACAGCAGCUACAACUACAGAGGAUUUGACAUUGGAAAUUUUUUCUGUGAAUGGUCUUACGACUACACGUGGGACAAGUUUCCAUUUUUCAAGGCCAACACCAAAAAUUACCCCCCUAAAGAGAAGCAGAUGCAGUUCUUUCAGAGUUAUCUGUUGGAAUUUGACCCUGGCUUUGCAAACCUGAGCGAGAAGGACCAGCAGAAGCUUACAGAGAAGAUGCUAGUUGAAGUGGACAGAUUUGCACUGGCCUCUCACUUCUUCUGGGGAUUGUGGUCCAUAAUCCAGGCCAAAAUAUCAACUAUUGAGUUUGGGUACAUGGAGUAUGCCAUGGCCAGGUUUGAUGCAUAUUUCGAGUUGAAGAGGAAACUGAGAGUUUAAAGGAAAGUACAUAAAUUACCAAUGGACAUGGGGGGGCAACAACCACCCGUGUGUUGACAGGGAUAGAGCAAAGAACUGUCUCAAAAGAGGAUGUUCUGCAUCUUAAAAUUAUACCAUGCUGCAUGGACCAAACUAAAUGCAACAUCGCUGAUUUCAAAGGCUCUGUGCAUUGAGUCCCCCACAUGCUGCUUUCCAGUGUUAACUUAAGUUAAAAAAUCUUACUUUCAACACGUCUGCCUGAACCACCUGAGGUAAUUGCAGAAAAACUGUAAUACGGGAAAAAGGCGUGCAAGUCACGUGUAGGUUCAUGUAGAAUGGUUGGAAAAUAUCUUAAUGCAUGGUUCAUAACCUACCAGAAAAUGGUACAACAGACCAACUUUGUGGUUUCCACAGAUUUCCACUGCUGCAUAGGUUUUCUGUUUCCAUUUUGAUGUGUAGUAGAUCUAGUUUUAAUUCUGUUUCUCUGGUUUAGUAAAUCCAUGUAAUGUGAAGUGACAAAGCUAUUGGACCAUAUCAUAUGUGAACUGUUUAGGAGAGAGAGAGAGAGUAUGAAAUAUUCCAUCUCAAACCGGGAAAACAUUAUGGUUUAUGCCAUAGUGCUCUAAUUCACCUUCUGGAGGUGCUUGUAUUUUUUUUAUAAGAAAUUUCAAAAUUUGAAACAAACUUGGUUGUUCAGAGAUUUUCACCAUUGGAUCUGACUUGAUACAGGGGUCCCCUUUAAACAUAUAAUGUAUGUAAAUAGUUAAAGGUUAUAUCCUAGUUUUAUGUGAUAUAUAAUUCUUUUCCAACUAAACAAUAUUUACUCAAUUUCGUUUAAAGUAGUUGUUUUAGUUCAUAAAGGUGGUGAAGAUGUUUGUACUUUUGUUUAUUUUUUCUUUACAUAUUUGUCAUGUAUUCGAAUUGUAUGUAUUGUAUUACAAUAUAAUUGUAGCAGGCUGGCUGUUUUUUUGACAGUAAUGUUAAAGGCACUUUCUGAAGCAGUUCUGCAAUUAAGUUUGGUAUUUGCAAAUGAAACUUUUCUAUUACUUUUCUGCAAUGGAAUAUGUAUUUUUCUUAAUAAGAAAGUGAAAAGUAUUGUGUCCUUACUGUAAUGUUUCAUUGACCUCUUUCUCAUUCUUACUGUACGAAACCAGCAAUGGGAUUGUAUUCACACAUCUAAUACACCACAGGUCUGAGCGUUUAAAUAUUUAUUUACCUGUUACUUGUAGACAAAACGAUAAAGGUGGAAGCUUAAAUGUGAAAAAGAGUCUGUGCCUUUUGCAUUUCAAAAUCUGGUCUUGACCAGAUCUCAAGCAGCCUAAUGUGCUUAGUCAUCUGUUAACAUUAAAAGCGAGUUUAAAAAACACUUAUUCUCUCUGAACAUAAAAAUAACAACUAAAUAGAUAAAAUAUUCACACUUCUGCUAAAAAAAAAAAAGGUGAAUAGGGAAAUCACUUUACAGCAUGGAGAAUCAAUGUAAUGUACUAAUGCUGUCUAAUUAUACUAUGAAUAAACAUCUGAAUAUGAA